UUUUUAUUAAAAAAAAAUAAAAAAAAAAAUGAAAAUCCCCUAUAAAUACAUAGGUCUCGAGCAUCUCCAAAAUAUAACAAUUCACCCUCUCUCCAAAAUCAAUUAAGGAAACACAAGCACUGUUACACACACAUCUCUACCAUGAACAACAACAAGAACAUGAAGAUGAUGAUGAGUUCCGCAAAAGAAAGUGGUAAUGGUACCACUAAUAUUGUUAUUAAAGAGACGAUGAAUAAGAAGGUGGAAAGGAAGGCAUCGAUGGACGUGGACAAGAGCGCAGAAGCUUUCAUCACAAAGUUCAGAAAUCAGCUUCUUCUCCAGCGUCUUGAAUCCAUUGAAAACAUGCUCUCCAAAGGCCCUUAACACUACUUAUCAAUAUACACAUGUAUUAUUUCUUUCUUGUAUAUAUAGUACUGUUAUAUCUCAUGGGAUUCCAACGUAUGGAAGAAUGAUUUAUGGCUUUCAUAUAUUACUUUAGAUCUUCUUUCUUUUAGAUGUGGAACUCUAUUUCUUGGUAUUUAUAUUACAAUAUAAGAAAUGUAAGGUGUGCCUUAGCAAUACAAUCUGUAUCAACUUUUUCUAUUUGGAUCAAAUUUUUGCAAUAGACUUUCUCAAUUGAAAUUGUGA